AUGGAGACCCUAAAAUCGCUUCCAGGAUACUCGGACAAUGGCCAAUCAAUAUCUACUACGUCCGGGACACCGAGCCAGACCAUGGGGGAACCAGACGAAAGAUACCAGGUGUUGGCAACUUUGAACCGUGAUACGUUGAGAAAGGUCCUUCCCAAAUGGAACAAGGACACGUGUGUCGGAAUCGGUUCCAUGACCAAAGAGGGCCUUACGGAACUGGGCGAGCGUAUCAUCAACCAACAUCGUUCACUGGAUGGUGUUAAUAAGCUACAAAAGUCGACGCUUGUUUUGGAAGGCAAGAUGCCGGAUAAGGAGUGGAAGAAGCUUUCGAAAGUGUAUUCGACUCUAGCGUCCUCGCUUGGAUCGCCUGGUCCGCAGAAUGAUCUCGUUCGUUCAACAGCGCUUCAGACUCCAGUCGACCCAACCGGCCCUCUGUCAAGAUCACGUAAAAAGCCAGCGUGCGAAAACUGUCGAGCGAUCCGAAGCAAAUGCACAUGGGAGGGAGACGGCGGCUGUGUACGUUGCAAGAAGGGACGAAAGCUAUGUCGUCCCGGGUAUGAUCGCCGUCGCGCAGACAGGUCCUCAAAGACGGCAAAACACUCCGCGCUACCUCCGACGAUGCAAAUUCACCACACGGAUGAAAACUUGGUCGGUGGCAAACCAGAGCGAACCCAGGAUGUUUCGUCCGCCAGGACGUCCGUGGCUCGUGCGACUCAGACAGACAAUCACUACCAUCUUCAACCUGCCCUUGGUACACCCCAUCGCUCGACUGAACCCUCGAUUAUCGGUGCAUCCGAAAGCCUCGACAAGCCAAGUGAGGACCGUCUAUCCAUGUUGCACUCUGGGCCACCCCGAACGGCGGUCACCGGAUAUGCGAGAACCUUGCGCCCUUUGUAUGAUGCCAACAUCAACCCGCAACAAGCAUACGGCGGGUCGCUGAGGCCGGGAGACUUUAAUGAGACGAUGUAUGAGACGAACGCCUUACCAGAACUCGGGCAGCCCAUGAUGCCAUCCACCCCAGCAUUCCACCCUGUACAUUUCAACUGGGAGGAUCCAUGCGGGCUUCUCCUGGCUGAUAUCGCACAAGGCUGCUGGCGUGGUCUGCUACCAGCCGAGAAUGCGGACACUACGCAGUACAGUGCAUACGGCUCAGGCAAUGAUACGAUGGAUCAUACUAUGGACGUCAAUGCGUGGGAACAACGCUUGUAUAACCCGACGCUGGCGAACGAGAACGAAGGCAUGACAUACGCAUAUCAAGCGGACACGAAGCAUCCACGCGAGGAGUGGCUUCCGGAGCAGCCGCUUCAUCUGACCACGGGAAAUCACUGA